AUGGACCUGGAGCCAGAAACACCGGCCUCUGGGUCGCCCUUGUCAGAUAUUGACUCCGACGAAUUUCAUGAGGAGGUCAAAUUUCGCCGCAGAACGCGUUCCCAUUCACGGGACUCUACUAUCUCUGCCUCGGACGAUGAGACUGCAUCGGCUAUGAGUGCUACAGCAGCAGCCCUAGACAUGCCUCCUGCCAAACGUCGAAAGACUGGUGCUUCGAGCUACGAUCAUGCCACACCUCAAUCAGCUUCAACCAUCAUCCCUCCUCGCUCGCCAACAGGGUCAAUAUCAAGUGACUCGUCGGGCUCGGUGCCUACUUCGCCGUCGUUUGCCAAUCUGGGCCCUACCCAUCCUUUGUCGACCGCAUAUGCCGCAGCUCAAGCCAACCCUGACAAUCCAGAAUUGGCAGACUAUGUCCAAGUAACAAAGUGUCUAUGGGACGGUUGUACCGAUCAAGAGCAAGGUAACAUGGAUAACCUGGUUGCUCACAUUAACGAUGUCCAUAUCGUACCGCGCCAGAAGAAGUACUACUGCGAGUGGGAGGGUUGUGCCCGCAAGGGCCAGCCGCACACGAGUGCUUACGCCUUGAAGGCUCAUAUGAGAAGCCACACCAAGGAGAAGCCAUUCAUGUGUGCUCUGCCUGAGUGCGACCGAAGUUUUACUAGAUCUGAUGCUCUGGCAAAGCAUAUGCGUACGGUACACGAGACCGAAGCCUUGCGCCCUAGCGAUCCGGUGCCCAGGGGGCAUACUGGCGGUAUCUCGAAUGGAGGGUCAUCCGGUAUACCAAUAAAAAGGCUGAAGCUGACGAUGGGGGGCAAAACGAAUGGCGACAAAAAAGCUACUCUCGUCGGAGAUUUGCCCUCUUUACCCACACGGUACACCGUCUCUAUGAUGGGCAUCAAUCUCGACGACGUUGCUAUGGCGGACGAUGAUGGGUCAGAAGAGCUCAUCGACGCAGUUGACGUGGACAGUGUUCCACUGGCUCUACCUCUUCCGUCAGACUACUAUCCCACCGAUAUCUGGGAUGAUAUGGACGAGUACGAGCGCAGUCUUCCUCCAUCACAAUGGUUCCGACUUUUGCGCCGACAAAUACACUGGGCUGAACAAGAAGGCCGCGAUCUACAGCAGGAACUGGAAGAUUUACGAGCGACGACGGAAGAUGCCAAUGGUAACCCAGUUAGGAGGGGUACGGGAGACGAAAAGGGGGCAGAUGAGAAUAGGAGGUUGGAGUGGCAGCGGUCCGAGGAGCUCUUGGACGCAGUCUUGCGGGCUGAAGUCGGACAAGUUUUGACGAUGCUCACAGAUGAGAAGGUAGAUGAUGAUCAGAAUCCAUGGGAAAUGCUCAAAGGGCUAGAGGCACUUACAACCACCACGACCUCGGCAGCUUCGGUGGCAUGA